UGUUGAGUUGUUCAGCUUCCGCUUUCGACUCAUCUAAUGAAUCUAAUCUCCUUCAACUGCCACUGCCUUCCAGUAUCGGCUGGUACCACAGUUCAACGAAAAUGGCUACAGCAGAACGCUUGGUUCGCUCCUGGAUGGCAUCAGAGAAAGACUCCGAGGUCGAUGAGAGUGUUGCUGGAAUAUCAAGUGGACAAUUAACUUUGUUAGAGAUUAUAAGGGCUCUUGGUGAAUUCUUAACAUCUGAGGAGGACCGCUUGCGGACGAAAGGUGUCGAGUUUCUCUCAUCUGUUCUUGGACGAUGCCCGCACGAAAGGCUUAAUCGUCAGGCUAUCCGUGUGCUCACCACGUUUUAUUGCAGCAAGCUUGAAGAUCUUGAGACCAUCAUCCCUGCACUCAAUGGCCUCUCUUACCUUGUCAAGUUUCCUAACAUACAGUCGGCUGAGGUGAAGGAUGUUUUAAACGCUAUAUUUGCCAAUGUCAAAAUGAGAGCCCUUGUGCAGUCCACUCGCUUCUUCGUCUUCUCAAUCGUCGAUUCCCUGAUAGCUAGCCAUCGAGAUACCCUCAAGGAGAUGGGCAGUACUUUCCUUGCAGGAUACGUGAACCUUGCGGUUGGAGAGAAAGACCCUCGGAAUCUCAUGUUGGCAUUUGCCAUCGCUCGAGUUGUGCUGGUAGAAUUCGAUACUCAUGCUCGUAUUGAGGACUUCUUUGACAUAACAUUCUGCUACUUUCCCAUCACAUUCCGACCACCACCUGACGAUCCCUAUGGCAUUAGUGCAGAUGAUCUGAAGCAAUCUCUUCGACUUUGUCUGAGCGCAACUCCAGCCUUCGGGCUCCUUGGAAUUCCAGUCUUUCUGGAAAAACUCACUGCUGGAUCACCCUCAACCAAGCGAGAUACUUUACAUGCAAUGGACGUCUGUCUUCCAGUCUACGGAUCUACUGUGUCGCGCGAGUUCGGGAAGAAAAUCUGGAGCUCUCUGAAACUCGAAAUUUUCCAACCGACUGAUCCAGAUACAGAACAUUCAGCCCUUAAUACACUGCAGGUCCUUGUUAGAACCAUGCAUACUGAUAAAUCCCAAGACGCAGUAAGCGAGGACUCCAUCACAGGCCUCGCACGAGACAUGUGUAGCGAGUGCAUGCAAGCGUUGAAGGAGCCUGAGAAAGCUCCAGCAAGAGCUGCAAUGAAGGUUGUAUGUGCCUUUGCUCGAGCUGACGAAAUUUCCAUGACCCAGAAUGAGGUAUCGAAUAGGGCCUCAGUGGUUAUGUUACUCACGGAGUUGAUCGAAGCCUGCUGGGGUGAUGCUACGAAUGCCUCCAUCUCUCAGUCUUCGCACUCAACAUUAUCCCCACUCACUGCCUCGAAGGAUGCCCUCCUUGGGCUCCUCAUUGUCAGUUUGAAAGCACCUGCGACAUGCCUUCCAGCACUACAUGGCCUAACCGCACUUGUGCGCACUCCUGAACUAGUAGCUGAUGAUGAGCUUGGGUAUAUAGUGCUUGAGGUCAGCGAGCUGCUACGCAAGGAGCCUGAUGAAGUAGAAGAUGUAACCACGGACACCCUUGCACUCCUCUCUGCCAUCGCUGGUAUUGCGCCGCACCAUCUAUCAUCGCAGACGCUCCCAAUCCUUAUUUCCUUCCUCCCGGAUGUUACUCCAUCUAGGGAUGCCACCACGCAGCGCGCAUUUUACUGGCGCGCUCUUUCGUCUCUCAGUGCCCUUUGUGUGCAACCACAACUUUUUGAGACGUUAGUUGUCAGGCUCAUCGCUAAACUUGAUCUCCUCUGUGCAAUCUCGCCAACUCGGACGAUUGAUCAGGAAAGUACAACUGCGUACGCCCAUGCUAUCCUCACGGCACUCGCAAAUACACUUGACGUCAAAGUCUCUUCGAAAGACGUAGAUGUCCCCAAGUACGCCGAGCAGCUACUGCCGCACAUGUUCAAAUUGUACUUGGAUGCUGCGCUAGCGAGCUCGGAAGUGGUGGCUAUCGCUGCAGAUCCGAGGCUGUUGCAAGUCGGGGCGAGGAUUAUCAGGCUUGUGAGUCAGACCUUGAAUGUUGCGCGGCAAGAAAAACUUGUUGCCGCCGUGUUUGCCGCCUACACGCAAGGUGACGUGAAGCUGAUUACUGGCGGUCUCUUAAACUCGACCACACUAUUCGCACCUCUCCAUGCGAGUGCAACAUUCACAUUCCCCUCAUAUAUUCCCCGACAACGGAACAGUUUCACUCUUUUCUCUUCUGCCAUUGUCUCAUUACGCAAGGAGGUUCGCAUGCCUGUCGACAAUCUAUCCACUUUCCUCUCUGAACUAGUCGCGUGGAGUGACAACCCAUCUAGUACAGCGUUCCAACGAGAAGCUGCAGUCCCACAUGUAUCUGACUUUCUGACAUUCCAGCUGGAGGGCUAUUCGUCAUCAGCCCUCAAAAACACUAGUAUCCCAGCAGAAGCACGCAAGAACGCGAUUAAUACCUGGAUAUCCGUCACGAGGGCGCUCCUUGUGCGCUCUCACCCCUCCGCAAAUGCAUUCAUUGAUCACUUGUUCGAGCUUUUGGAUGACAGCACAGUCGACUGGGAUGCAGCGCGAGCAAUUGGUUUGCUUGCAAGCGAGGAUGUCGUAUUGACGAAGCGUAAUAAUGCGGUUUUUAAGAUUCUACACGUGCAGAAGUACUUCAAUGCAGUGAUGCCGCGGUUGUUAGAAGGAGUCAAGGGAUCGCGAAAAGAGACUGCAUAUCUGGUUGCUUUGGCGUACCUCAUCAAUGUUGUACCGAAGGCGGUCUACGUUACUCAGAUGCCCUCACUGAUGCCUAUCCUACUACGCGGACUCGACCUCGAUGACCCAUCCAUUCGUUCACACAUUAUUAACACACUGUCCAACAAUAUCGAGAUUACAUCCGCUGAUAAGGAUGCUGUCUCGAUGUAUGCGUCGACUCUUGUGCUUGCCAUGCUGAAAAAUUGCAUGUAUUCGGAAAUGCCUGACCCUGGAGUACGCGCGGCAGCGCUCAAAUACCUGGCGUUGCUGCCAGGCACUGUGCGAUAUGAUUUGCUGCAUCCUUAUAAGACGCGGGUACUGAAGGAGUUGGCAAAGGUUUUGGAUGACCCUAAGCGUGCAGUAAGAAAGGAAGCAGUUAUUGCAAGGUAUGGCAUGAUAACAUUUUCAGACGAAUUGGUCAGUUUCUAUGUGAGCUAGGGUACAAAUACAGUGGGUAGGUACGAUAAUGUCGCGGGAGAGGCACAUCAUGAGGUCGUCCAAUACUCCCUAAGUAGCUAGAGGUGCUACCUUGAGCGUUAAAAAUGCGGCCUGCCAACCCUGGUUAUGUCGUGAUGCGAAACCCAAAUAGAUGCAGCAUGAGCGUUCCCCCAGGUCAUACUUACAUACCACUUGAUUGACAAUGAUUAUUUGUCUAUGGCAGACGGUCCACCCAUGUUUUC